GGUACACUGUUGAACUAUUAAAAACUAUUUAUUAACUUGUGGCCUUCAAUUAACUUGUGGCAUCAUAUUUUGUUUUUGUUUCGUUUUGUUUAUAUUGUUUCUUGUUUGCUCUAACAUCAUUCCGAGCGCAAAAAUAGACACUGCGAUAUUCGCUCAAACAUUGUUCAUCCACUGUUUUGUUAAGCAGUUGAGACUUUGUUUAUAAUAAUUAUUAAUUUUUAUACAAUUGCGGAAAAGUCUAAAAGGUUAUAGAUUCCAUAAUUUUAUAUAAUUGAUGUUAUAAGAUUUAGUGCAAAUUUUUAAUAAAAGUUCAUAAACUGGAAAAAAUUGCACAAAAGUUGGCAUUUGUCAUCUAUCUGAAACCAACAAAAUCCAAACUGGAAUGAAGUACAAAAGUUGAAAGUAAAUAAUUUGUCUCUAAAUACAAACUGAAACUGCACUGAAGUCGCACUGAAAAGCUGUGCUUAAAAAUAUGUCUUCCAAUGGAGAUGAUGAACACAGCAAUAACUAUACGCUAAUAUAUGAACUAAUAGAUAAGUUGGCAUUAAGCAUGAGUGGUGGUAAUAAGAUAAAACCUGGGAGAGAAAUUGUGAAGAAUAUGUCGAAUUACAUAUCUAAUUCACCAAUAACGUUUAACAAAUUAUUGCCAUAUGAUUCCAUUGCACUUGAAGCAAAAGUACGUCAGCACAUAUGCAAGGUGUCUAGCUUAGAUUCUGUGAUGCCGCAUGGUCUUACAACUUCAUUUAUUACUAAUAAUUUAGAUAUUAAACUGUCAUCAAUCAAUCAUGGUGGAAUCGGCUUUGUAAGCAAUGUUAGCCUGUUUCAAAAAAUUAACGAAAAAUUAAAAAACAGUAAGUUGCACGAGCAUGGAAAAAAUCUACCACAAAGUUCAGCAAUUUGCUCUGAGGAACUGGGAAGUUGGGCUCAGUUGGUGCGAAAUGCGACGGGCGAGGAGCGACGGGCCAGGAGCCAGGAGCAAAGCAGUGAAACAUGA